AUGGCCGACUUCCUUACGCGCGAAAGUGAGCUCUUAGGUGAGGAGUUCACAGGGACUCCAACUGGCGGUACAUAUGCGACAGCUGGUGGCGACAUUGAUUUCGACCGUGCGGCAUCCGCAUUUCCGGAUAUCUCGCUAGACGGGAUUGGUGACAUACCCUCACCCUCUGUUGCUGCACCAGUCAAGACCUCAAGCUUCUCCUUUGAUGACUUCUCGAGUCCUCCGCCCCCCAGAACGACGGAGGUGAAGGUCACCGGUGACGAUGAGAUUGAGAAAUUUGAGAAUGAGUUCCCCGACAUUGAGGUGCCUCAGUCACCACCCGCCGCUUUACCAUCAUAUUCUGCCCCGACCUUCGCACCUAAACCGCAGUCGUCCGCAUUCUCGUCUACGCCAAUAUUGAACCAGACAAUUGAAGAGGAUGAGCCCCAAGUAAUCAAGGAUUGGCGUGAAAAGCAAGCUGCAGAAAUGAAAGCACGCGACGAAGCUUCCAAGGCAAAGCGCGAGGAUACUGUUUCCAAAGCGGAGCGUGCGAUUGAUCAAUUCUACGAGGAGUAUUCUGCUAAGAAGGAGCGAAACAUCCGAGAGAACAAGGAGCAUGAGGAGGAAUUUCUGGCAUCUAUGUCCGAGUCGCUUUCGAACGGCACGACUUGGCAGCGCAUCUGUGAUCUGGUGGAGUUGCAGAACUCCCAGAGCAAAACUGUUGCCCGGGCGGGCCCUGGCACCACCGAUCUCUCCCGUUUCAAGGAGGUCUUGUUACGCCUCAAGCGGGAGGGAGACUCUGCUCCAGGAGCCGCUGGCUACUAG